AAAAAAAAAAAAAAAAACUCACACACAAGUGUGCCCAUUGACCUUACAGCUCACAGACCCCGACUUGCAUUCAACCUCAAGCAACCUCACUUCCAAUUCCAACCACCGCAUUACAUACACACAAUUCGGUUGUUCUGAUUCAGACAACACACCAAACCAACCACUUCCCUCCUUGUUCUGUCCCACCGUAAAACUCCCAAAUCUGGAAUCCGAAACAUUCCCGAUUCAGAAAGUUUCUAACUUUCAGGAUCCGAUGUUGGUUCAAGAUCGUGCGGCUAAACCGCCAAAGUCUCAGAUCAGAGAGCUCCCAACUAACCGACGCUUCACCGAACCGAAAAACCUAGACUUUACCUCAUGGGUCUCCUCCAACGUCUCCAGAAUCGUCAUCCUCUCCCUCUCCAUCGUCACCGUAGCGUCUUUCCUCUUCCUCUACAACACCACCGACACUGCCUCCCUCCUCUGUUUCCAGUCACAGUCAACUCAAUCUCUCCAGCCUCUCACUCGUCCCCAAAUCAAAUGGAGCUCCAUCAAAGUCCUCCCGGAUAAAACCUCCCCUUACUCCACCUUCCUCACCGAGAAGUGGAUUGUUGUGUCUGUGACGAAGUACCCUACAGAGGAGCUUAAGGGGUUAGUGAAGAUCCGUGGCUGGCAAGUUUUGGCGGUUGGGAACUCGAUGACACCGAAAGAUUGGAGUCUUAAAGGUGCGAUCUUUUUGUCUCUAGAUGCUCAAGCUGAGUUGGGUUACCGAGUUUUAGACCACUUGCCUUAUGAUUCGUUUGUGAGGAAGAGUGUUGGUUACUUGUUUGCGAUCCAGCACGGUGCUAAGAAGAUUUAUGAUGCUGAUGAUCGUGGGGAAGUGAUUGGUGGAGAUCUUGGGAAGUGUUUUGAUGUUGAGUUGGUUGGGGAAGAUGCUAAGCAAGAGCCGGUUUUGCAGUAUAGUCAUGAGAAUCCGAAUAGGACUGUGGUGAAUCCUUAUAUUCAUUUCGGACAGCGUUCGGUUUGGCCUAGGGGUUUGCCGUUGGAGAAUGUAGGUGAGAUUAAUCACGAGGAGUAUUACACUGAGGUGUUUGGUGGUAAGCAGUUUAUUCAGCAAGGGGUUUCGAAUGGUUUGCCUGAUGUUGAUUCGGUGUUUUACUUCACAAGGAAGACUACUUUGGAGGGUUUUGAUAUUAGGUUUGAUGAGCAUGCUCCUAAAGUGGCUUUGCCUCAAGGUGUGAUGGUGCCGGUUAAUUCGUUUAAUACUCUUUACCAUUCUCCUGCGUUUUGGGGGUUGAUGCUUCCUGUUUCGGUUAGUUCCAUGGCUUCUGAUGUGUUGAGAGGGUACUGGGGACAGAGGUUGUUGUGGGAGCUUGGUGGUUACGUUGCUGUUUAUCCACCAACGGCUCACCGGUUCGAUAGAGUUGAAGCUUAUCCUUUUGCAGAGGAGAAGGAUCUUCAUGUCAAUGUUGGUCGUUUGAUCAAGUUCUUACUUGCUUGGAGGUCUGAGAAGCACAGUUUCUUUGAGACGAUUCUUGAUCUGAGCUUUGCUAUGGCUGAAGAAGGGUUUUGGACGGAGCAAGACUUGAAGUUCACAGCUGCUUGGCUUCAGGAUUUGAUUACUGUCGGAUACCAACAGCCUAGGCUGAUGUCACUAGAACUGGAUCGGCCACGAGCUACUAUAGGUCACGGGGAUAGGAAAGAAUUUGUUCCCAGGAAGUUGCCUUCGGUUCAUCUAGGCGUGGAGGAGACAGGUACGGUGAGUACUGAGAUAGGGAACUUGAUAAGGUGGAGGAAGAACUUUGGGAACGUUGUUCUUGUUAUGUUUUGUAGUGGUCCCGUUGAACGCACUGCUCUUGAGUGGAGGUUACUCUACGGCAGAGUGUUCAAGACCGUUGUGAUAUUGUCCUCUCAGAAGAACUCGGAUCUCUAUGUUGAAGAAGCCAAACAAGACCACAUUUACAAGCAUCUACCGAAGAUAUUCGAUCGAUACAGUAGUGCAGAAGGGUUCUUGUUUGUUGAAGAUGAUACAAUACUCAACUACUGGAAUCUACUUCAAGCCGACAAGACUAAGAUUUGGACAACAGACAAGGUGUCAAAGUCAUGGACAUCAGUGAAACCCACCGGGAAGUCUGAUUGGUUCUCUACACAAGCCGAGCUAGUGAAGAGAACUGUAAGUACAAUGCCUGCUCAUUUCCAAGUUAACUACAAGGAAGCAGCCAAGAACAAUCAAGACACUUUAACGGUAUGCAGCUCAGAGGUAUUCUACGUGCCUAAACGAUAUGUAUCGGACUUUAUGGAACUUGUCGAGCUCGUGGGAGAUAUGGACUUGCAUUACAAAGUGGCUCUGCCAAUGUUCUUCAUGUCCAUGGAUUCGCCUCAGAACUUUGACCCGGUUCUUGGCUCUAUGGUGUAUAAGAGGAAGUCUUCUUCGUUUAACUCUUCUUUGAGUUUGUAUUCUGCUCAAGCAUCUGCUGUUCACCCGUGGAGCAUAUCAAGUGAACAAGAUUUUAUUAAACUGGUUGGACAAAUGGCUGAAGGUGACCCGUUACUAAUGGAAUUGGUAUGAUGAUGACAGAGUCAGGGGGUAGAAGUUACAGUAAUGCAAUGAUAGAAGAAAACAGAGUUAAAUACAAAAGAUUGUGUCCUUUUGAUUCUCUUUUCAAAUUUUUUUUUUUUGGAGAAAGUCAUGUAAUGUUCCAUUGUAACCAUACAUUUUGUGAGUGUAUAAUGUUUCCCCAUAUAAAUUCAAUCUCUAAUUUCAUCAAUGCGGACAAUAAAAUGUUUCAUAAAGUUGGAAACAAGGAAGAGUUGUAUGAUAUAGGAGUAUUAAGGAAGCUUGGUGAAGAGAUCCUGAAGCUGAGCGUGACUCACUAAGACACCCAGUUUCUGUG